UAGUUGUGUCAAGGAGUGGUGUGUGCGCGUGUUGUAUCCAGAAUACAAUUAAUAUCUGACAUUAUGCACUUAUCAUUGUUUUUUAAAAACAUUUAUUAUUUUUCGUGAUAAAUAUUUUAUAUAUACACGUUUAAUAAUACAUUAGUAAGUGCAUAUUGGGCGUUAGUGAAUUUUAAAAAUUAACUGAGUUAGUUGGUAUAUGCUAAGGAUCAAAUAACAUUAAACGUGAAGUUUUUAAACUGUUAAUAAAAGGUUCCAAAGCUGGUUAAAUAUUCAAAUAAAUAUUAUCACAAUGUGCUGUGUUAGUGUACAGUGCAGUGUAUUCGUGAUAAUUUAGUGAUUAUUUGUAUUGAUUAAUAAUUAGCUACAUAUAUUACUAGUUUUACGCUGGGAUAAAUAUCAAUUAAAAGGGCAAUUCAAAUUCUUGAUUCAACGCCUGCUAAAUAAAUAAGGACUUAUGAAAUUUGUAGUGAUAUUGUUUCGAGGACAUGGUCCUCAAAAAUUAUAGCGUGUAUUAAAUGCAUUUUUUUCUUUAAUUUUUGUUUUUAAUUUUUUAAAAACAAAUAGUGUGCUUUCUGUAAAUACAUAGUACACAUUUUACUACUUUUCUAGUCGUGGAUAAUUUUUUUAUCUAUAAAUUGAACGAGCGCUUAAACGCUCGCAAUUAAAAGUUAUAAAAAUUCUGGACAUAAUGGACAUGAGUAGUGAAUCAAGUGCGGCGCGCUGGUAUGAACCGCCAAGAACAACUUUAGAGUCCGGAACAGGAAGUAGUGGAGUUCCUGGAGUAGUUGGCAAUCCUGAUUAUAGAAGUUAUUAUCCUCAUGCAGGACCAACUCCUCAUCAUCCAGCAGCAGCUGCCCAUUAUGCUCACAGCAGAAUGUCAGGUAGUGGAGUACCAAGUGGACCAGUGAGCCAAGUUUGUCGUCCACAUUUCCAUGGGCUUCAUCCCUGGCUAUCUGGAACUAGUGCGGAUGGAUCCAAACCUUGGGCAUUCUCAACAACAGCAUCAACUGGUGGUAGUGCUGAGGAUAAACCCCAAAGUCCACUGGGAUCUUCUUUACCGCCAAGUACUGUAAGCUUAUCCAGUCACGUAGGAAAUGGUAGUACGACAGGUAGCCAUCACCUUUUUUCUUUUCCACCUACACCACCAAAAGAUGCUACUCCAGAUAGUAUAACGACAAGUACAAGUUCUAGUACGAAUAACAAUUCUUCAGCUAGCAAUAAUAACAGUAAUAGUACGAAUAAUAAUAAUGGAAGCAAUGGACUGGGUUUAAGUGGUGGUAGCAGUGAAUACCAAGCAGCAGUAGCCCACGCAGCUGUUAUGGGUGCAUUUAUGCAUCACCAAGAUACUUUAGGAGCAACUUCAGGGGGUUCUUGUGACGUUAAGCCUUCGGUAAUGUUAAGUCAUCAUCAUGGAGCUCCUUCACCACCACAUCAACACAAUGGUGGUAAUGGAAGUUCGAGUCAAGUGAAACAACGUGAAGGUAAUAAUCAAUCAGGAGCAACAACUGGCAGCAAUGCAGUUAACAGUCAACCGUCGGCAAACCAACAAGCGAACACUACUCAACAACAGCAACAGGAUUACCAAAAUCCUGGCAGUGCAACUUCGCCUUCAUGCCGAGACUCCUAUCAUUCAACUUCCCAUCAUCACCAUCAUCAUUCAACUUCCAGUUCCCAAUAUGAUCCAACAGCUAACGCGUACAAUAUGUAUCAACAUCUCCAGUAUCCUACACAUCACGCCCACAAUCCUCACAAUAGUUCGUCGCUCUUCUCCGCUUCCCAUCACGCAACCACAGGCGUACCCGGUGUCAGUCCUGAAGCCAAACUUCUUGGCUCUUCACACGGCAACACCCCCAAUUCACCCAGUUCCCAACAACAGCAGCAGCAAAAGCCGAGGAACAAAUCCAGAACGUCCGCCGAGGGACGAGAGUGUGUCAAUUGUGGAGCAACUUCGACACCACUUUGGAGACGAGAUGGUACGGGGCACUAUCUUUGCAACGCUUGUGGACUUUAUUAUAAAAUGAAUGGACAGAAUCGUCCAUUAAUUAAACCUAAGAGGAGAUUGUCGUUACAAAGUGCUGCAAGAAGAGCUGGUACGAGUUGUGCAAACUGUAAAACUGCAACGACAACUCUUUGGCGAAGGAAUCAGGCCGGUGAACCAGUGUGCAAUGCGUGCGGUCUCUACUACAAACUUCACAACGUUAAUCGACCUUUGACGAUGAAGAAAGAAGGUAUUCAAACACGUAAUAGAAAACUUUCAUCGAAAAGUAAAAAGAAAAAAGCUGGAGGUUGUCUAGGUCUAAGUGGUGUCAUGGGGGAUAUGAUCAAAGCAAGUGGACACCUUGAUCUCGAUAAUAAACCAUUUCAUUCAGGAUUUGGCUCUCCAAUGGCAGCAACGUCACAACACCAUCACACUAUGCAUCCGGCUGUUCAACACUACAUGUAUCACUCUGGUGUCGGUAUGGCUGGAGGUCUUCAUCAAGGAUUUGCACCACCAGCACCUCCUCCAAUUCAUCCUCAUUCUCACCCUCACUCACAUUCUCAUCACAUGACAAGUCUUCAGGGUCUACAGUUAGCUGCCACGACGAACGCAAUGACUGGUUGGCGAUCUGAAUACACAUGAAUAAGACUUAGUAAUUAACAACAACACCGGAAGCUCAGGACGUAAUCCACCAUACUGGAAUAAGUUUUUAUUCUUUGGCGCUAAUUUUGUGGUUUAUAUGUGCAUAUAUUCCAUCCAAAAACAUUAUAAGUAUAUAGAAUAGUAAUAUUUCCCCAUUAAUAAUUUCUUUAAUUCCCCUAAUUUUUUUUUGUUUAUUACUCAAAAGCUCCAAUUUACGUUUCUUUUUUUUUGUUUUUUUUUUUUUAAUUUUUAUGCAGUAUUGUCUGGUAUAUUUUAUGUAUGUACAUGAUUAUCAGGGUGACAACUUGUAAAGAAUUUCGGAAUUUCUUGUAAAUAUGUAAAGAAUAUCGUUACGUGAUAAAUAUUUCAUGGCAACGGUUCCAAGUACAAAUUCAGUCAACUAAUAUCUUCAUUAAGUCGGUAUGUUUAUUGUAAAUAAUAGAAUUGAAAAUGGUUUACGAUUCAAUACGUUUCGUUAGCAUUCGUUUCUCGCUCAACUUAUUUCACUAACUUAUAAAAGUAGAACUGAAAAAGUCGAAGAUUUAAUGACAUUUAUGUAUAUCAAUGUAUUUGAGUGAAUUUAUUACAAUGCGGCUCACAUUUCUUACGCUACCUUCCUCUCAUGAAGUGACAUAAUUUAGGGUCAUAUGUCCAACAAACUAAAAAGAAACCAGUUUUGGUAUAUGUACAAAUAUUUAUGUGAGGGAUAAACGAUAGAAAAAAAGCCCUUCUUAUCGAUCAUUAUCGUGCAAUUUAAGAUUUUAUCAAUAGUACGACUGUUAAUCUUUAUUCAUUAAUACUCUAGAAAAUUUUGUAUCAUCAAAAUGAAUAAUUAAGCAGCUUUUUGAUACCAACAUUAAAAAAGGAAACAAAUAUUCAUAAUAAAAUAUUAGGAAUAAAAUGAACAGUCGUACUAUGUAUGAUCAAUUAAUUAUUGAUUAGAAAAUAAAAAAAUAUAACGUAUAAAUAAAAUUGAAUUUUUCGGCAAUCGUAGGUCAACGAUUUGAAAAUUUUUCAUUCGAUGAUGACUCUCGAAUUGCUUAUUCAAGAAAUUCUAUUUUAGUCGUUUGAGAUACUAUCACAUUUCGGGAUCAGUGAUUUCUGGAAGUCCUAGUGAACUUAUACAAUGAAAUCAGUCUGUCAUAUGUAAAAAAAUGGAAUACAAAAUAUUUAUACGUUACAUCAAGUGGUUGAACUUAUAUGAGUAUACUAUAGUGUUAGAUGUGACACAUAUAAAUUUCGUAUCCUUCGAGAAUUAUGUCAUGUAUACAAUUUUGAACGAUAUAUUGACAAAUUAUUAUGCAACAAAUAUGUAUGGAUGUAUGUACAUAUAUUUGUUGCAUAUUUUAAAUGAAGGGUAGAAGUAUCGUAUGACAAAUACUCGUUGAAGUCAAUGAUUGUGUAUAAUUUUAGCGAAUAAUCAGAUAAAUUUAUCUAGGUAGUCAAAGUAUUAAAAUGGAUAAAUAGAAGAUAAUCUGCAAAGUUUACUCUUGAUUUCCGAUAAAUAAUAAAUUAAUAUGAAAAAACGAGAUAGAGAAGUAAAUGGGAAAGAGAGAGAGAAAUAAGACCAUAAUGUGAUUUUUACUUAUAGAUAUCAUUUGUUUUUAUUUUAUUUUAAAUGCGAAAUUCAUUCAUUCGAAAGCUGAACAAUUAAUACUUUUAUAAAUUUACUCGAUUGUAAAAUUUUUAUUCCUACCAGGUGGCCUUGAUAACAUUGACGAGUCUCAUCUAGAGUACAAUUCAUGAACGAACAAUCUAUUAGCAAAAAAUGCUCCUAUUAAAGCAUCAUAAAUUAAUUGAAAUUUAACUAAACCAUUUGUUGAUCAAUGCAAUGGUGAUGUUUGAUGUUUGAUGUUUUGAUAAUUUAGAUUUAUCACCAAAGAGAUGAUUAAAAGAAGACUGUUUGUUAUAAACUCAAAUUAAAUUGGAGUUCUCGUCAUGUUCAUGUUAUCGUUGGCACCUGGUAUGAGUCAAAAUUUGAUAUUUUACUAAAAGAAAACUUAGAUAGUAAUGAAAUAGUAUAUCAGCGGCGUAUGGGAAAAUGCUUUUUUUCCAAUGUUUCUUGCGAUUCUACAAAUACGUGCGAUCUGUGUGUAAGUCUACAUUUAAACAAGGGUAUCUAUAACAGAGUAUUAUUAAAAGCAUAUAUCGUAGAAUGUAUAAAAUGGUUUUUAACAAUGAAAUACUGGAAGUGGAAAAUUUAUAGCCAAAUGGAAGAAGUAAAAGUAUAUUGACGCUAGAAUGUUUUGAUAAGCGUCCUAUUCCUAUACUGUGAACAUGUAAAAAUGAAUGUAAAAUAUAAUUGUAAAAAAGUUUUAAUUUAAAAUAAAUUAAAUGAUGAAAUAUACAUA